CCGCCAUGAACGGCCUGUCGGUGAGCGAACUCUGCUGCCUCUUCUGCUGCCCUCCCUGCCCCGGCCGCAUCGCUGCCAAGCUCGCCUUCCUGCCGCCGGAGUCCACCUACUCGCUGGUGGCCGAGCCAGAGCUGGGGGCCGGGGCUGCCCCCUCAGGGACACUGCGGGCCUCGGCGGGCACCCCCGGGCGCUGGAAGCUCCACCUAACAGAGCGCGCUGACUUCCAGUACAGCCAGCGCGAGCUUGACACCAUCGAGGUCUUCCAGACCAAAAGCGCCCGUGGCAACCGCAUCUCCUGCAUGUACGUGCGUUGCGCGCCUGGGGCCAGGUACACGGUUCUCUUCUCGCACGGCAACGCGGUGGACCUGGGCCAGAUGAGCAGCUUCUACAUUGGCCUGGGCUCCCGCAUCAGCUGCAACGUCUUCUCCUAUGACUACUCUGGCUACGGCGUGAGCUCAGGCAAGCCCUCCGAGAAGAACCUCUACGCCGACAUUGACGCCGCCUGGCAGGCUCUGCGCACCAGGUACGGCAUCAGCCCGGACAGCAUCAUCCUGUACGGGCAGAGCAUCGGCACGGUGCCCACCGUGGACCUGGCCUCGCGCUACGAGUGCGCCGCGGUGGUGCUGCACUCGCCGCUCACCUCGGGCAUGCGCGUCGCCUUCCCCGACACCAAGAAGACCUACUGCUUCGAUGCGUUCCCCAACAUCGAGAAGGUGUCCAAGAUCACGUCGCCCGUGCUCAUAAUCCACGGCACCGAGGAUGAGGUGAUCGACUUCUCUCACGGCCUGGCACUCUACGAGCGCUGCCCCAAGGCCGUGGAGCCGCUGUGGGUGGAGGGCGCCGGGCACAACGACAUCGAGCUCUACAGCCAGUACCUGGAGCGUCUGCGCCGCUUCAUCUCCCAGGAGCUGCCUAGCCAGCGCGCCUAGCGGCGGCCGGUGCACCCGCACCACGCCGGACCUCAGCAAUAAGGCGGCUGCCCGGCGGGCAGGCGCAGCCGUCAGACCUCACCCCAUCCCGGCCCCGGGGGCUGCAUGUGGACCCAGGGCUGUCCAGGCCUCCCAAGACGGCGGGCAGGCGGGCCGGGACCCGCCCCGGCCCAGGGACCGUGGACUAUGUAUAGGUGACGGAGCUAUGCUCUCCUUUUCUUUUGGAAGCAAAAAGAAGAAAAAAACGUGAAAACAGAAAUUAAAGAUUUAAAAUUUCA